AUGGCACAUUUGACCUAUACAGCCAUCUCAACAGACCCUCAAGAGUUCCACGAGAAACAUCCUCUCCGUCACAAGCAGUUCAAGUACCCUCGUCACACAGAGAUUCUCGUAGGCAUCACUGUUUACAACGAACCGAAGCGCCUCCUUCGCCGUACGUUGCAGAGCAUUGUGCAGAAUCUCUGGUAUCUAAAUAUUCGUCCGCAGUCAAAAGUCUGGGGAAAGGGCUCUUGGACUAAAGUCGUGGUUUGCAUUCUCAUUGACGGUAUUGAGUCUGUGGAUCCUGGAGUUCUCGACGUUCUCACCAGCAUUGGGCUGUACCAAAAUGGACUGUGCAGAAAGACGACAGAGCAGGGGGAGGAAGUCACAGGACACCUGUUCGAGUUUACAUCUUAUCUGGCCACCCAUCUCGGCUGCGAGGAUUAUACAGAUGGCAACAAAAAGUCUUCCAACAUUGAAUCCAGGCCAAUGAAGUUUCCAGUACAGUUGAUGCUACUUAUGAAGGCUUCAAACUGCGGGAAGCUUAACUCGUAUCGAUGGCUGUACAAUGGAUUCGCGAGAGUCUUGGACCCAAACAUUACAGUGCACCUCGACGUCGGUACGAAGCUGGGCAAGCAAGCUCUCUUCAAGCUCUGGAAGGAAUUUGACAUUGAGCCAAUGCUUGCUGCCGCUUGUGGGGAGAUCUCCUGUUCUUUGGGUGGGAACUGGCUUAACCUUCUCAACCCCAUCGUUGCGGCGCAGAACUUUGAGUACAAGGUUGGGUUUCAGCUGGAUCGGACGUUUGAAUCAGCGACAGGCUUUCUGUCCCUCCUGCCUGGGGCGUGUUCUGCUUAUAGAUACGUGGGCAGUGCUGGUAAACCGCUUGAAGAUAUGCUCCUAGGCGACCCAACUUGGAUCCAAGGCCAUAACCGCGAUCGUCCAGCCCUAUCGCCCGUCAACCUCAAUCGUCAUCUUGCGGACGAUAGAGUGAUUUGCUUCAGGAUCAUCAGCAAACCAGACACACACUGGCUUUUGAAAUAUGUUCCCGUGACAGCCACCACCGAUAUCCCCAUGACCACGACAGACUUCAUCAACCAGCGGCGACGGUGGCUCAACGGAGCUUUCUUCUCGACUAUCUAUGUAUUGAAGAGAUGUGGACAUCUAUGGAGGUCUGAUCAUACGAGAAUGCGGAAGGUGGCCUUUUUCAUCCCCCUCCUUCAUGGUGUUCUCGCUCUCGUCCUGGCUUGGUUCUCGCUCGCGGCAUUUCUACUCACGACUUUUACUAUCAAUAGCAUUUCGGGAGAUCCCCCAAAGGAUACACCGACUGGCGGAUUCCCAUUCGGAAAGGCAACACCGGUCGUCAAUGCCGUAAUCCAGAUAGUGUACCUGGCGACGAUCUUGUUCCAGUUUAUACUCGCCCUCGGAAGCCGUCCGAGGAAUCACAAAAUCAGCUAUAUCAUCUCAUUCGCGAUCUUUGGACUCAUUCAAGCUUAUCUGAUCAUGAACCUGAUCUAUCUUGUCAAACGUGUUGCAGACUACAAGGCCGACGAUACUGGGUCUAGUAACUAUGCCUAUAUCGGGGAGUUCUAUGCCGACAUUGGACAGAGCACCAUCAUCGUCGCCGGCUUCUCCGUGUUUGGCGUCUACGUCUUGAGCGCUCUUCUUGCACUUGACCCUUUGCAUCUCUUCACCUCUUUUGCACAAUUCCUCUUCAUAUCCUCCUCUUACGUCAACAUUCUCAAUAUCUACGCAUUCAGCAACACACAUGAUGUUAGCUGGGGGAGGAAAGGUAGACAUGAAGACACGGAAGCUGCCCGGAGCCAAGAAGGCCCAAGGCCGGCAACUAUUGAACGGCGAUUUACCUUCUCUGAUCAGGACCCCAACAUCCGAUCCGCGGACACACAGCGGGACGAAACGCCCGAAGCUAGAAACGCCGAGUAUCAACAGGCACUUGCUAGGGCAACAGCUGAAGACGAGACAACAAAACGUGACAAGAAGCGCCCCCAGGUCCUCGCAACAGCAGACGCCAUGAUGGAGUUUCGCACGAUUCUACUCGCAUCAUACAUAUUUUCAAACAUUUUCGUCUGUCUUAUCGUCCUGAAUGAUAGCCUCAAAAUAUUAUGGUGGCUCGGAGACUCAUAUUGGCAUAAAGUCUGGUUUUUCCGCAUCUGGCUGUGGGCAAACUCGAUUAGUUUCCUAAUCAGGUUUGCUGGUUGUUUGUGGUAUCAUGUUGUAAGGGUAUUCAGCGGGCUCUUCCGUGGCACUUUGAUGUGA